UCAGUCAACAACAGAAAAUAAAUAUAAGCCCCAAAAUUAGAGUGAUGCCCUUAUCUUAAUUAAGAAUGUUUCAAAAAAUUGGGAAGGAAUAAAAUGAAAGAGAAGUAAAAAUAGAAACCUUAACACAUCCGAAAUAGCAGGUUGCGGAGAGAACAGAAGAAAAAAGGUAUAACUGGUUAAAUUAGGAAGAAAGUGCAAAAAUGGUUUCUUUGGUUGUAGCACAUAUGUACGUACAGGUUCAUCUCAUUGGAUAGACUGCUUCUAUCUCCCGCAGCGUUGAUCGAUCUUUCAAGGUAUUACUUGCGUGCACAAAAAUGUCAGGCAAACCCGGCUGCUGCUUUCCUGUAAACCUUGACAGAUCCUUCAAGGGUAGCUUCAAACUGACAAGAAGCAGCUCAUCUGAUGCAAAGGGACGGCCACAGGAGAAAUCUUCUCUGGUUGUUUGUUUCGGGGAGUUGUUAAUAGAUUUCGUGCCAACUGUGGGUGGAGUCUCACUUGCAGAGGCACCUGGCUUUAAAAAAGCUGCCGGCGGAGCUCCAGCCAAUGUUGCUGUUGAGAUCUCGAGACUUGGUGGCUCUUCAGCUUUUAUUGGCAAGGUUGGUGAAGAUGAAUUUGGGUAUAUGUUGGCUGAUAUUCUGAAGCAAAACAACGUUGACAAUUCGGGCAUGCGUUUUGAUGCACAUGCAAGAACUGCACUUGCAUUUGUGACGUUGAGAGAUGACGGCGAGCGCGAAUUCAUGUUCUUCCGAAAUCCGAGCGCUGAUAUGCUUCUUCGUGACACAGAGCUUGAUGCGAGCUUAAUUAAGAAGUCAUGUAUUUUCCACUACGGAUCGAUUAGUUUGAUUGAGGAACCAUGCAGGUCAGCUCACCUUGCUGCCAUGGAAAUCGCCAAGAAAGCUGGUACCAUCCUCUCCUAUGAUCCAAAUCUGAGAUUGCCACUAUGGCCAUCAGAAGAGGCUGCCAGGAAAGGAAUCAUGAGCAUAUGGAACCAAGCAGACAUUAUCAAGAUUAGUGAGGAAGAAAUUUCCUUCUUGACCAAAGGCGACGAUCCUUACGAUGAUAAUGUCGUGUUAAAGAAGCUAUUCCACCCAAACCUUAAGCUUUUGAUCGUUACCGAGGGGCCAGAUGGUUGCAGAUACUACACCAAGGAAUUUAAGGGAAAGGUUGGUGGUAUUAAAGUUAAUGCAGUGGACACAACUGGUGCUGGUGAUGCUUUUGUUGGUGGGGUACUGAACAGUUUGGCUUCGGACUUGAAUCUCUACAAGGAUGAGAACCGAUUGAGAGAAGCUCUUAGGUUUGCAAAUGUGUGUGGCGCUCUCACUGUGACAGAGAGAGGGGCUAUUCCUGCCCUCCCCACCAAGGAAGCAGUCCUCCAAGCUUUAUCCGAUGGCGUUGCUUCACCCAAAGACUCUGCUUCAAGCUAAACAUAUGUGCUCCCUUUUUAUUUAUUUAUUUAUUUAUUAUUUUUUUUAAGCUAUAUACCCAGCUACACAUAAAGAGACCUUUUCACAAACACUUGGUGUGCAGGAGUUUGAAGCCUUGUAAUCUAUUAUUCCUUUUUUGUUUUACACAACCAACCUAUAACAAAUUUAUUCUGUUUUAUAUUCCCUUUUUCUGUAUAUAUAUUCGUAUAUCAUUCAAUGAGAAAUUCAGAGAAGA